CCGCCGCCCCCGCCCCCAGCCCCUGCAGAUGUGGCGGAGCGGCCCGGCGGCCCGGCAGCGGGGGGGCCCGCUCCGCCAAGCCCCGCUCCCCGCCCGCCGCCGGCGCUGAGCCCCCGCCGCAGCGCCCGCCCUGGCACCAUGCAUUCGUUGGAGGAGCCACUGGACCUCAAGCUGAGCAUCUCCAAGCUGCGAGCGGCCCCGGGAGAAGCGGGGUCCCCCUGGUCUCCGACCCCGUGCUCCCCAGCGCCCAGACCCCGCCGGCCGGGGAUGGCCGAGGGGGGAGCCGGGGGGGGUCGCCGGGCCAUGCCGGCCUCGCCAUCCCCUGGUCUUCUGGCGCAUUCCAGGCUGGUGGAGGCACAGGACGGGCGAUUUUCCACAGCGCCAGUGGUGGACCUCAGCCUCUCGCCCCGCUCUGGUGGGGAGUCUCCGGCUGGCAGCGCCUCGCUCUCCCCCGAGCGCCAGGGCAGCGGGGACCUGCCAGGUCCCCUCACCCCCCACGAUUUCCAGUCCCUGCGCUACAUCGAUGGCCUCCCCAGCUCCUUCCAGUUCUUCCUGCCUCUGGGGGCAGGAGGGGCCCUGCAUCUGCCCCCCACUGCCUUCCUGCCCCCCAGCAAGGAGAAGCGCCUCCCCCCCGAGCUGCCUCUGCCCAAGCAGCUUGUCUGCCGCUGGUCCAAGUGCAACCAGUUCUUUGAUCUCCUGCAAGACCUGGUGGACCACGUCAACGACUUCCAUGUCAAACCUGAGAAGGACGCGGGCUACUGCUGCCACUGGGAGGGCUGCGCCCGCCACGGCAGGGGCUUCAACGCCAGGUACAAGAUGCUGAUCCACAUCCGGACACACACCAACGAGAAGCCACAUCGCUGUCCCACCUGCAACAAGAGCUUCUCGCGCCUGGAGAACCUGAAAAUCCACAACCGCUCUCACACAGGCGAGAAGCCCUACAUCUGCCCCUACGAAGGCUGCAACAAGCGUUACUCCAACUCCAGUGACCGCUUCAAGCACACCCGCACCCACUACGUGGAGAAGCCCUACUCCUGCAAGAUGCCGGGCUGCCACAAGCGCUACACCGACCCCAGCUCCCUCCGCAAGCAUAUCAAAGCCCACGGCCAUUUUGUCUCCCCCGAGCACCCGGAGAUGCUCAAGGUCCACCCGCCUCCCAAAACGCCCCUGGGCUCAGCAGAGGUGCCCUACGUUAACGGGGCGCAGCUCGUGAUCCCCAACCCCGCCGCCCUCUUCGCUCCGCCGGGGCUGCCGGCGUUGCCCAUCCCUUUGGUGCCGGCACCGCUCGACCUCAGCGCCUUGGGCUGCGGGGCUGCGGGCGCCCUGCCCGCUCCACCGGGCCCCGUCCUGCCGCUCAACGGCGGCCCCUUGAACUUGGCCAAGAGCCCGCUGCUGCCCUCGCCCUUCGCAGCGGGGCUGGGGCUGCCCAUCAUGUCGCUGCUGGCCGGCGGGGCCAAGGCCGAGGGGGAGAAGGGCAGCGGGGCUGAGGGGCGGCCGCCCAAGGUGGGCAAGGGGCCGGAGAGUCGGAAGGAGAGGGGCGAAAGGACGGAGCUGGGGCGGCCGCGGGCCCCCCCCGAGAGCCUGGCGCUGCUGCCGGGGGCCGUGCUCGACCUCUCGGCUGGAGUCGGUGCGGGGGGAAGCCCCGAGGCGCUGCCCCCCGGCUGGGUGCUCAUCCCCCCCGGCUCCCUGCUGCUCAAACCCGCCGCCGUGAAUUGAGGGGUCCGACGAUGCCCACGGCCAGCCACUGGCUGGCGGGCAGAUCCCCGCUCCCUAGGGAUGGGGGGGGGUGUCUCACCUCCUCCUCCCCUCCACAGCCCCCCCCAGCCCCGGUGGGGCCUUGUUCGUGCUUUUAACCAUCACGAAAGAAGAACAGACUCUUCUGAGAAAAGCAAUAAUCCCUCGGUGGCCGGAGCCAGCUGCAACCCCGUGCCAGGGGUGGCCCUGGGGCAGGUGGGGGGGGUACAAGGCGGGGGUUCCCCCUGCACCCCCCUGGCCUGGGCAGCUGGAUACGCCGCUAUUUAUUUCUUGACCAGCCCCCUGCUCUGCCAGGGUCCCGCUUGGGUUCAUCUGCUGCCACUGACUUGGCGUCUCCCUGCCCGAGGCCUUGGCACCGCCAGUGGCGGUUUAGGGGGGCCACAGCCCCCGGCCUCCCACCACGCGGACAGAGGGGUGACAGCUCGGGGACCAACCGCUCCCACAGCCCUGAGCUGUGCCUGGCUGUGCCAUCCAAUCCUGCCUGGCUGGCACAGCCACAGGCAGCGCCGUGGCCACUGCACCUCUGCGCCAGGCCCAGCUGGCUGGGCACAUGCCGGCCCGGUGCCCAACUGCAUCCCUCCCGCUCUGCGGCCACCCUCAUCCCCUGCCGCCUCCCCGGCCCUCCCCGUGACAAGGCACACGGUCGCGUGUGCUGCUCGCCGUGCCGGCUCCGCGCCGGGGCAGAGCCACCCUGUUUAGCUACGUUCAUACCUAACCACGUACCGCGAGCGCAUGCGGGCAGCGGGCAGCGCGGGCAGGACUCCAGGCACCAGCGGAGCUGCUGCCGGUGGCGCGUUGGCACCAGCUGGCAGGGCACCUGCUCCUCCGGACAUGCCGAAGGGAUGUUUCCAGGUGAGCCCCCCCCCCAGGCCACAGGGCAGCGUUGGGGCAGGCAGGAUGCUGCUGCCAUGCCAGGAGUGGGCAGCAUGCUCAGCACCUCUCCCAGCACGUGCAGGGGGGGUCCCCAUGUACCUCCUGCUGCCGAGCAGGACCCCCAGCCCAUGGCUUUCUCCAAACCAGGGCAGUGGGGCCGUCCCCGGUCCUUCUCCCUCCCCGCUGGAAGGAGCCCCCAGCUGCGUGUGCCCUGCGGGGAGCAGGUCUCCCUGCCCUCACCCUCCUCGGGCUGGGGCGCAGCGGCUGCCCGGCACUGCCACAGCCCCGGCAUGGCCGCGGGUCAUCGACCAGGCCACCCCGGCCAGUGUACGUCUCCUCGCUCCUUUGUUGGUUUGUUGUUGCACAUUCCAGGACAUCAGUAUUUUAACGGUCUCGAAGUGCCUUUCUAUCGUAGUUUCUGGGUUGUUUUUAUUUUCCUCCUGUUGGGCUCCAUCGCUGUUAGCAUAGCGUUUAAGGACUGCAGAAGUAAGAGAUAAGCUAACGACUAUAACACUAUAUUCGUCCAGGGGAGAGGAAGUUUAUUAAGAAAACAAUAAAGUGAAGUUGAAGUAAGUUCCUGUUUCAGUCCGCGACUGGCAGUGGUGGCGAGGAGCCCAUGGUGGGGACAGAGGGGUGCUGGAGAUGAUGGGUGCGACCUCGGGGGCAUGGCCAGCUCUA